AAAAAAUUGAUAUAUUUUUUAUUUCUAUAUUUUAUGUAUAAAAAUUAUUAUGAACACAAAUAAUCGGAUAAAUGGCUUCGCCGCGAAAAUUAAUACCCACACUGAAACAUCUGUCACCUCGGUCAUUCGAAAAUGUACCCAACAUUAGAGCAUCCUCAAGUCCGAAAACUCCCAACAAUUUAAAAACUGUGAAGAAUGAAAAUUUGUUGUCGCCGUUUAAUAUCGAUACUCCGAAUAGAAACAGAUUAUUAAGGGACGGUCUACCGAGAAAACAUCGUUCUGUGCUAGGCACGGGUGCUUUCGGUACCGUCUACAAGGCGCUUUACAAAGGGGAUCAAGUAGCAGCCAAGAUAAUUCAACGGAACGAUAACGAAGUAAUAAAGUCGGAGAAACAUGCAGCUGUUCUACGACAUGCUAAUAUCGUGAAAAUAUUGAAUAUAGAACAGGGUAUCAGCUUAUCGCUGAUAACGAUGGAGUUGUGUGGCACAUCGUUACAAGACAGACUACAGGAAUCAGUUCUAUCCAAAGAGAAACGGGUUUCCAUUUGGCGGGAUAUCGCCCGCGCGCUCCAAUUCUGUCACAAUUCCGCGGUGAUACACGCGGAUGUGAAAGCGACCAAUAUCCUGAUGGUUGCUGAUGAUCGAGCCAAGCUCACAGACUUCGGUAGCUCUAUGUUGAUUGGCGAACCAUACGAUUCGAUCAAGCCACGAGGUACACCAGGUUACACGGCACCAGAAGUAUUCAGAGGAGAUAUACCUACAUUUGCCGCCGACAUUUACUCACUAGGAAUCGUGGCUUGGCAAAUGUUAUCUCGGGAGGUACCUUUCCAUGGACUACAUAUCCACACUAUCAUAUAUAUCUCUGUAAAAGGAACGCGUCCUGAAAGUGAAACUCUCGACGAUGAAUUCGAUGGAAGAUACAAGGAAUUGUUCAAAGCAGCAUGGUCACAGAAUAUCAUGGACAGACCAGCACUAAGCGAAAUUAUCAAUAAACUCGAUUUAUUAUAA